UCCAUGUCCGCAUCUUUUCUUCAACAAAGACCAAAACUUUUUCCAUUUUUUUUUUCUCUUUCAAUGAGAAACAAUAUAAAAAUCUGGCAAAAUCCAAGUACUAAAGCUGGGAACCUCACUCCUUGUGAAGAAGAUGGAUAAAACCCAGCAUGUUCCUUGAAUCUGAGAGCAAAAAGGAGCUUCUUUUCAGAGAUUGAGAGAAGUGAUUUAGAUAUGGGCAUCAUCUCUGACGAUUUCGUACUUAUCCGGCAGCCGGAGACCGCCGGAGAACCCACCGUCAUCACCGUCAACUGCCCGGACAAGACCGGCCUUGGUUGUGACCUCUGCCGCAUCAUCCUCUUCUUCGGACUCAGCGUCGUCCGCGGUGAUGUUAGCACAGAUGGGAAGUGGUGUUACAUAGUCUUUUGGGUGGUUGGGAGUUCCACCGGAGCUCCGACGAGGUGGGGGUUGCUGAAAAAGAGGCUUCUUGGAGCUUGCCCGGCGGCUUCUUCAGCUUCAGGGCUUUAUAUAUCUUAUUAUAGACAGCAGGAGCUGUUGAUGAUGGAGCAUAAACCUCAGGUGUUCUUGCUCAAGUUCUCUUGCUAUGAUAGGAUGGGUCUUUUGCAUGAUGUGACUCGAGUUUUGUGUGAGCUUGAAUUGAUAAUAAGGAGAGUGAAGGUAUCGACCACGCCCGAUGGGAAGGUCAUGGACCUCUUCUUUAUCACCGAUACCAGAGAACUUCUUCAUACUAAUAAGAGGAAGGAAGAGACAAUCGAUGAAUUACGAGCUGUUUUGGGGGACUCCAUGACGAGUUGUGACAUUGAACUAGCCAGUGAGGACAUCGCUGCUUGUUUACAAGCUUCAUCGUGUCUUCCACCGGCAAUCACCAAAGAAAUGUUCAAGUUAGAACUCGCAGAGGAACCACCCGGAAAAUCUCUUUCAGUUACAAUGGACAACUCUCUCAGCCCUGCUCACACACUUAUUCAAAUUCACUGUCCUGACCACAAAGGCCUGCUCUACGACAUAAUGAGAACUCUCAAGGACUACAACAUUCAGAUAUCUUAUGGAAGAUUUCAUGCAAGCAAAAAUGGCCGCUGUGAAAUCGACUUGUUUGUGAUGCAAAUGGAUGGGAAGAAGAUAAUUGACCCGAACAAACAAAAAGCAUUGUGCGACCGGCUGAGGAUGGAGGUAUUCCGGCCACUCCGACUCACUGUUGUGAGUCGCGGGCCUGACACAGAACUAUUAGUUGCGAACCCUGUUGAGUUAUCAGGCAAGGGCCGUCCGCUUGUAUUUUACGACAUCACCCUGGCCCUUAAACAGCUCCAUACACGUAUAUUCUUAGCCGAGAUAGGGCGGCAUGUUAUCGGGGACAGGGAAUGGGAAGUUUACAGAAUUCUUCUUGCUGAUGAUUACGAGUCAUUUGCGUCGAAAACAAAGGUUGUAGAGAAAGUAACUAAGAUGUUAAUGGGUUGGGAAUGAUCCACAUCGAUCGAUGGAUGUUCAGUUACAGUGGCUAUAUCACCUGAGUGAGUAGCUUUUUCUUAACUUAUCAAUAUUGUUUCUUCUAAACAUGUUACUAUAUUUCCAAUUACCAGAUCAUUGUACACUCUUUUUGUAUAUAUAAUGUUCUUCGGCAUGUGUAUUUCUCUAACUCUGGUUUCAAGAUUCAAACAGGAAAGUGAAUGUAAUCCAUAUAUUGUUGUACAAUUGUAUAGUUGCAGCAGUAAAAAGUUGAGUAUUUAUCUCUUGAGAUCAA